GUGCCAUUGCGUGCUGCUUUCGAGCUAUUCAAGUAUUUCUUGACAGGCAAGCCACUUCCAAAGACUUGAAAAAUUUCCAAAUUAAGAUCAGAGAUUGUAAUAUUUCAAAAUUAUAUUGGCGCGAAAAAAAAACUAAAUGUAAAGUUUGGAUGAUGAAUUGAUGAUUUAUGAGUUAUGAGAUGGAAUUAAAUCAAUUCUAGUUUAAUGAGUUAUCAUUUUGUUAUGAUUACAAUAAUGUACUAACCUAAGCGCACUUAUUUUCGUAUCAUACAAGUCAAGCUUUGGUAUCAAAUUAGUCUUGAUUCCCAAAGGAAAACGACAAAACUCAAUAGGUACUACUCGUAAGAAGAUUCGUUGUCCUUUCAUUUUGUCAUCAUCUUCUAAAAGUUUCUUUAUAAUGAAUCAAAACUCUUAUUUGGAUAAUAAUUCAAAAUUGAUAAAUGGGAAGGCCUCAUGUUAUGGUCAUACCUUACCCAGCACAAGGUCAUGUACUUCCUCUAAUGAGCUUCUCACGUUACCUUGCGUCUCAAGGAAUCCAAGUCACAUUCGUAAACACCGAGUUUAACCACAACCGCAUCAUCAAUUCCUUAUCCAAAUCAUUCCGUGAUGAUCAUGUCGUGGAUGGGAUCAAGCUUGUUUCGAUCCCAGACGGUUUAGACGAUUCACCAGAAGAGAGGAACGUUCCUGGGAAGUUGUCGGAAUCGGUUUUGCAUUUUAUGCCGACCAAAGUAGAGGAACUGAUCGAGAGGAUGAUCUCGGAAACUAGCGGUGCGGUCAUUAGCUGCGUUGUGGCGGAUCAGAGCCUAGGAUGGGCAAUGGAAGUUGCAGCUAAGUUUGGUAUCAGACGAGCGGCGUUUUGUCCCGCUGCGGCUGCGUCUAUGGUUCUUGGAUUUAGUAUUCAGAAACUAGUUGAUGAUGGUCUCAUUGAUUAUGAUGGGACUCCUAAGGUGAACAAGACAAUUCAACUAUCUCCAGGGAUGCCAGAGAUGGAAACAGACAAGCUUGUAUGGGUUUGUCUGAAGAACAAAGAUUCGCAGAGAAACAUAUUCCAACUUAUGCUCCAAAACAAUAAAUCAAUAGAGUCAACGGAUUGGUUGUUAUGUAACUCUGUGUUUGAACUUGAGACGGCAGCGUUUGAACAGAGUCCAAAAAUAUUACCAAUUGGUCCCAUUGGUUUGGCUCAUCAUAGUCUUGAAGAGGGAUCCAUGUCACUAGGAAGCUUUUUACCUGAAGACCGGGAUUGUCUAGACUGGUUGGACCGGCAGAUUCCUGGUUCGGUGAUAUAUAUUGCCUUUGGGAGCUAUGGGGUUAUGGGUAAAGUUCAAUUAGAAGAGCUAGCAAUUGGUAUAGAACUGGCCAAGAGGCCGGUUUUGUGGGUCACCAGCGGUGGUGAUCAGCCACAAAUGAGAGUUGGGUCUGGUCAGGUCAUAGUGGUGAAGUGGGCUCCACAACGUGAGGUUCUUUUGCAUCGAGCUAUUGGAUGCUUUGUGAGCCAUUGUGGAUGGAAUUCAACUUUGGAAGGAGUCCAGAGUGGCAUACCAUUUUUAUGUAUCCCUUAUUUUGCAGACCAAUUUAUCAACAAAACAUAUAUAUGCAAUGUGUGGAAGAUUGGAUUAGGGUUUGAACAAGAUGAACGAGGAAUAAUUUCAAGGUUAGAGGUGAAGAGGAAGAUCGAUGAGAUUAUGAGAGACAAUGGAGAGUUUAAAAAGCGAGCUAUCAAGAUUAAAGAGAUUGUAAUGAAAAAUGUUGUGAAAGAUGGCAUUUCUUAUGAGAAUCUAAACAAAUUUGUCAACUGGAUCAAAACAGAAGUUAAUUGAUAAAGUUUUGAAUGUUUCCAAUACGACCACUACUUUUGAAAGAAAUGAGACAUGCCUUGUAUUUUCACAAAAUUCAUAGAAUGAUGAUGAUGGUAAUAAAAAGUUGAACAUGAACUGUAAGUGGAUGUACAAUUCCGAAGACUAGUGAUGUUUGUGAUGACAAUGGUCAUAAAAAGUGGAGGUAAGAUUCACAGAAUGAUGAUGAUGGUGUGAUAAAAAGUUUGACAACGACAAGAUGAUGCUUAUAAUGCAUUAUAUAUUGGAAUGACUUGAGAAAAACAAGAAAAAGGUAAAAGACUUGCUGAGUAAAGUGUUAAACUCCAAAGACAGCAAUAAGAUAAACCACAUCCAAAUGAUGAACUUGAGAUCAGAAGAGCAACAUUAACCAUAAACCAGAACCCAGAAAAUGAUUGGUUAUGGUUCAUCAUUUCCUACACUUCAGUGAGAAAUUCUUCUACCUCGCCCUUGUUUUUUUAAAGUGAUUCAAGAAUCUUGUCCACCAGUUAUUAUACCUUUUCAUAGAAUUGGUACGUAUAAAUAUAUAAAUUGCAUGAAUACAGAUGAAAGUAAUGAUUCCAUUUGAGGUUUUCAAACAACAUGCAACAACUUAGUAUGUAUGGCAAAAUUAUUGAGAAGCAAAAAGCAAUAAAACAUAGGAUCUCUAGCAUCCUGUAGCCGGAUAAAUAGAGUAAAUGGUACAUUUAUUUUUACCAGCAACGAUUGAAAAUUAUGCAAGAUUACAGCAAAAUAAAACUCAAAAAUAA